CUUGCUUAUUGAGAACAUGAAUCACUUCCCUUCAUAUCAUUAUUUAUAAUACAAUGGAGAGAGAUCAAUUCUAGAGAGAGAACUUCAUCUUCUUCCAUAGACCACCAUCGCCGGCAACACCCAUCUUAGAACACCAGAAACAAGGUUGAGUUUUGUAGCAAAACUCAAUUGGAAGGUCAAAUGCAAGCUUUAUUAUUAAGAGUGUAUAAUUUAUCUUAAGAGGCAGAAAUGAAAUAAAAGAUUCUGCUCUGAAAUCUCAUCAGCCAUUGAUUAUUACCAUUCUGGACUGUUGAAUUUACUUGGUAUAUAGAAAAGGAACCAAUCAGAUGGCAGAGCAUGCGCUUCUGCACGAAGGAAUUGAAGUUCCUCACAAUCCAAAUGACAAACCAAUAAAAUAUGGUUUAAGCCCCUUAAGGGUAUUGAGAGGAGCAUUAUGUCUGCUGGUUUUAUUGUAUACAUCAUUCAUGAUGUUAGUGUAUUUUGCCUUCUUCUCAGCUGUGAUUCUACGUUUUUUUAGUGUACAUCACAGCAGGAAUGGUACAUGUUUCUUGUUUGGUACUUGGCUUGCAUUAUGGCCUUUCCUCUUUGAAAAGAUAAACAAAACUAAAGUUAUCUUCUCUGGAGAUGAUGUUCCCUCAAGAGAGCGAGCGUUACUAAUUUCCAACCAUAGAACCGAGGUUGAUUGGAUGUAUAUCUGGGACCUUGCCCUUCGCAAAGAACGACUCGGAUAUGUCAAGUAUAUUCUUAAGAACAGUUUGAUGAAAUUGCCUAUAUUCGGUUGGGCAUUUCAUAUCUUGGAAUUCAUUCCUGUGGCAAGGAGAUGGGAAGUCGAUGAAACAAACAUGCAUCAAAUUCUUUCGACUUUUAAGGAUCCUCGUGAUUCUCUUUGGCUUGCAGUCUUCCCUGAAGGCACAGAUUUCACUGAACAGAAGUGCAUUAGGAGUCAGAAAUAUGCUGCUGAAAAUGGACUGCCUGUCUUCAAGAAUGUCCUCCUUCCCAAAACAAAAGGUUUCUUGGCAUGCUUGGAAGAACUGAGCUUCUCACUGGAUGCAGUAUACGACCUAACAAUAGGUUACAAGAAUAGAUGCCCGUCAUUCUUGGACAACGCAUUUGGCGUGGAACCCGCGGAAGUACACAUUCAUGUUCGACGAAUCCCAGUGAAUGAAAUCCCAAUAUCUGAAGACGAUACUGGUUCAUGGUUGGUCAAUACAUUCUCCCUGAAGGAUAGAAUGCUCACGGAUUUCUACUCGCAAGGAUAUUUCUCCCAUGAUGCAAAAGAACAUCAUUUGUCAACCGCCACAUGCCUACUAAACUGUUUGAUCGUGCUUGUUUUCACCGGAAUAGGUACAUACUUCACGUUUUUUCUCAUCCGUUUGGUUCAGAAUUUACGUCUUGCUGGUUUGUGCUUACUUUGCUUCGGCCACUUUCCUUCAUGUUAGGCCAGUGCCACUCAUCAAGUAGUCUGAUUGAUUUAUGUAAUAAUAUAUAUAUAUAUAUAUAUAUAUAGUACUUGUGGAUUAUAUGAAGAAACUUAAGUUAUGUGUGCUUAAGAUGAUAAUCUGCUAAUUGAAGAUUGUAAAGAUGUACACCACCAAUCCUUAAUUUUAUUAAGUUUUCAUGAUAUAAGUAAUCUUAGGUCUUGUAUGGGAUUUAUUUGAGAUUCU